CUCCCCGUUUUAAACCCUACUUCAAAACCCUUCGGCGCCGGUGAGGAGCCAUGCUUCCCUUUUUCCAAUCGCCCGCCGUUAAUAUCCAUGCCCAAGUGCCCAACGAUCCCUCUCUCCAACAGGCGGCCCUGUUCAACCAGAUGCAGUUUCCAGACCCUUCUUUCGUCAAUUCAAGCAAUCGGAAUACCAAUUCGAACGGUUUCAGUGCGACAAAUGUUGCUGCCGCCGCCGCUGCUGUGGCUCCUCUGAUGGCUCCGUCUUCCUUUCUGAAUUGCCCUAAUAUUUUGCCCGUGGUGCAAAAUAAUCGCUUGAGCGUCUUCCCUCAGCAGCACGUUCAGUUUGGGCCUGCUCAACACCUGAACCAGCAGCUUUUGGCGUUGCAACUUCUCGGGAUAUCUCGUGGCAUGCCUCAGAAUGCACAACAGUUCCAAGGGCAACUGCAGAACCUGAACAUGUUCACCCCGCUUCCACCUGGUGUUGGCCCCUUUUCUGUGAACAAUCGGCCUCAAAAUUUCAACUUUAUUGGUGGCUUACCUAAUGGACAGAUAUGUUUUCCAACUACGAUGAUGCACAGGAAUCAAAUUGCUGAUCUCAACUCUCCUGCAUCAUCGUGCUUGGGUUCUAACAAACCUGAGCAUCUUGGGAAUCACCCAAUGGUUGCUGUGGGAAAUUCACAUACAAGUUUAUGUAAUGGUGCAUUGUGUACGGGAGGGAAGAAAAUUUCCUUCACUCAUGAAGGCAAACAUGAAUCUCUUGUCAAUCCUAAGAAGUUGCAUCAGCCUAAUAUAUGGAGUCCUACGAAAAAUCAUCAUCCUUUGAAGUAUAAUCAACCAGGAAACUUGUGGCCUCAGGUCCAUUGUCUUGAAGAUGGUGGAAGUGAUAUAAUUUCUGUAAAUUCUGCAAAAAAGGGUUUCACUAGACAUCUUCAUGGGCAGAGAAAGACAAAAUAUACAAGAAAACCACAGUUUCAAGAUUCCAAAAGCAUAGAGAGCAAUAAGAGGAUGUUUAAUGGAACUAGUGGAAGAGUUCAGAAGAAAUGGAAAGGAGAACCUCAGUUUGCAAAGUGUAACAAACCAAUUUUAACAGAACGCCCAAGGUGCCUUCCUGUAACUUACACUGAACAUGAAAUCCAACAAUGGAUUGAAGCACGACGGAAGAAUUUCCCGACCACAGCCAACAUCAAGAAGAAAUUGGUUCAAUCUGAUGUCAAUAAUGAAGAUGCUGAUGACGAUGCCCAAUUACGCCGCCAGCAAUUGAAGCAGGUUCUAGCUAAACAGGCAGAAUUGGGUGUUGAAGUAGCUGAGAUACCCCAAGGCUAUCUUUCUGAACUGGAGAACCAAUUUGGUGGGCAGGAGAAUAAUUCAAAGGUGCUGAAUAUGACCAACAAUUUUCCAAACAAACACAUCUGCAAGAGGGUCAGGCAUCAAGAAAAGUGGCAAGCAAAAAGGCUGAAGUUGACAAAUGAAUCAUCUGCUGAUGCUGCUUCAAUUUUGAGAAGGGAACCAACUCUUUUGCGAAAGCUCCUGAGUUCUGAUAUUAGAAGAGACAACAGCAGGCUUUUACAAGCUUUUAGGUUCAUGAUCCUAAAUUCUUUCUUUGAGCAUUGGCCGGGAAAACUUUUGGAGUUUCCAUCUUUUACAGUGAGAGGCAUACAAUGUGAAAAUGGGACUGCAGUGGAGAAGACAUCAUCUUUGAAUUGCAUAAACAAUGUUGAAUUUGAGGUUGGCCAGUGUUCUGUAGUUAAGGAAAUUGAGGGUCCGAAACAAAAUUGUGUUAGGGAUGAUGCAGGUUUUUCAAGCGAGAAUGGCCAGUAAUAAAAUUGGCAACACCGAACUGGAUUACCCGUGAUCACAAAGGAAUAUUCUUUUGAUAGAUCAGUUAAUAGAUGUAGAACAUUAUGUUUUGCUAUGUAUUAUAUGAAUUAGCUGAUGUCUGAGAUUUGUCAUCAUCGAAGUUUAAGCUGAUGUUUUGAGGUGAGAAGAAUUAUGGUGCUUACUUUAACUGUUCUUCUGUACAAAUUUGAGACCUAUGAGUUAACUGCUGAUUCAACUGCUUACUUUAA